UCCAAAAGGUUUAUCUUUUACUGAAUAAAUCGCAAUCCUUCCUCACACGUCACAAUGCAGACUGCCGUUUUGAUUCUCCUUGUGGCAUGCUCGGCCGCCAACGCCCUUCGCUUCGCUCGCCAACUACCGCCGCUGCCGCUGCCCCCGCUGACAGGUGGCACUGCUAGUUGUACCGCUGAACAGAAAUCCCUCUGCGGUCUGGCGCAGUGUCAGAACAAUAACAACCAAAACACCCAGGUGAACACCGGUGGCAACAACGGUGGUGGCGGUUUGGCCAGCCUGAUCCCGGUCAACCUGGGCAACGGUGCCGGUGUGCAGUUGCCCAUCAACGCCAACGUCUGCCCGCCAAUCUCUGUUUGUGGCGCAUGUGCGGCCGCCAAUAUUGCCGGUUAAGCGUUGUAAAUUGUAAUAAAUAUGUUAUGCAACUCACUUGCUUUGGUUAAUGGUUUCGAUCUUGAGAGAACU